AUGUCCAUUCUGUCCCUCUCCUUCUCUCUCUCUCUUUCUCUCCCUACCUCUCUCCUCCUCUCUCUUUUUCUUUCUGCAAACUCCAGACUUUUUCAAAUGUGGCCUGAAAUUAUUGCAAAACUUCUGGGUUUGCCUAUUAAAAAUUUCAUCUCUCUUACCUACCUAUACAAAUCUCUCUACCUCUUUCUCUCUCUCUCUCUCUCUCUCUCUCUCUCUCUCUCUCUCUCUCUCUCUUACACACUGAUCGAUCGGCUGUUUUCUGUUUCAUUCUUAUCGUCUUUCUACUCAUUCUUUCAAUGUGCUAAAUUUGUCAAAACACACGCACAGACUCCAUUCUCAUUCUCUCUCUCUCUCUCUCUCUCUCUCUCUCUCUCUCUCUAUCUAUCUAUCUAUCUAUCUACCUCUCGUCUUGCCGAGUCUGAUUUAUUCACUAAUAAUAUCUCCUCCCUGCUUCUCUCUCUCUCUCUCUCUCUCUCUCUCUCUCUCUCUCUCUCUCUCUCUCUCUCUCAAUUUGGACUGACUCGUUUUUGUACUCUCUCUCUUUCUCUCUCUCUUUCUCUCUCUCUCUCUCUCUCUCUCUCUCUCUCUCUCUCUCUAUGUUACGAAAUUUAUACUUACCGUAUAGUGCGAGUUUUAUGA